AUGCCGAAGACUGUGAAGGAUACUAAGUAUUACAACAUCUUAGGAGUUAGUCCAGAUGCUUCGGAAAGUGAUUUAAAAAAGGCAUAUCGUAAAUUAGCCUUAAAGUAUCAUCCUGAUAAAAAUCCCGAGGGUGGUGAGCAAUUCAAACAGAUCUCUCAGGCUUAUGAUGUUUUGUCUGAUCCACAAAAAAGAGAAAUUUAUGAUGAAGCAGGUGAAGAAGGCCUCCAAGGUGCUGGUGGAGGAGGACCUGCUGGUCACAAUCCAUUCGAUAUCUUCAAUAUGUUCUUUGGUGGUGGAGGACCCAGAGAAAAACCAUCUGUAAGACCAAUUGUGCACUCAUUGAAGCUGUCAUUGGAACAAUUAUAUGCAGGAGUCACUAAGAAGCUCAAGAUUACCAGAGAUAUGAGAUGCCGAGAGUGUGAUGGCAAAGGAUCUAAAACCGCUACUACUUGUACUGGUUGCAAGGGCCAAGGAAGAAUAACGAGAAGAUUUCAUAUCGCUCCUAGUAUAGCCCAAACCAUGCAAACUACUUGUGAACAAUGUGCUGGACAAGGUACCGUCUAUUCGCCUAAGGAUAGAUGUAAGAAGUGUAAUGGUGAUAGAAUGUUACACGUAGAAGAAAUUAUCACAGUCGAGGUUCAUCCUGGUACUAAAGAUGACGAGAAGUUCAGCUUCGAAGGAAAAGGAGAUGAGACUCUUGAUAGCUCAAUUAGUCCCGGAAAUGUUGUUAUUGUUAUUGAUGAAUUGAGACAUCGAGUUUUCACUAGAAAAGGUGAUAAUCUCGUCAUGGAAGUUACAAUCGAGCUUGUCGAAGCUCUCUGUGGUUUCAGCAGGUCUUUCAAAACAUUAGAUGACCGGGAAGUUUUUUACACAUGCUUACCAGGAGAGGUUAUUCCUCAUGAGUGCAUUAAAGUUAUACAGGGUGAGGGUAUGCCACGAAAGUACGGCUCAGGAGAAAAAGGAGAUUUAUGGAUAUCUUUCAAAGUGAAUUUCCCAGUAUCUUUGGAUGCCAAAUCUAGAAACGGAUUAUCUGAGCUUCUUCCGGACAAAUGUAAAACACCAGCCAACGCAAGUGUUGGAAAAAUCAUGGAUUUGGUAGACAUAACACCAACUCAAACACAUCAUCAAUAUCAUGGUGAAGAGGGAGGAAACGUGCGUUGUCAUCAACAGUGA